AUGUAUCAGAGAGUUAGAUCUUCUUCAAUUGGUUUGGUCGAUAGACCAGCAAAAUCAUGGAGUGCCACUUUGAAGGAUCAGAUGAUACCAACAUCAGGUGAUGUUAAUGCAUUGUUCUCCGUGUUGUUGGAUAACUUGGCUAAUAUUGCCUCGAUGUACGCUAUUCUCGUGUAUUCUUUUGGCAUGCCAAAAGAAAUUGUCUCUACCUAUUUCAUUCCGGGACCUGCUCUCGGUGUCAUGCUUGGUAGUUUGGCCAUGUCAUUCUACGCUAUUUUCCUCGAUCACAGAGAAAACGACUCAAGCGUUUUAUAUACUUCCAUUCCAGUGGGUUUGGAUGCGCCAACCACCAUUGGUCUACCGCUACUAGUGGUCGGUCCAGCCUAUACAAAAGCUAUAUCCGCUGGAAAAUCACCACAUGACGCUGCUAUAGAUGCAUGGUUAGUUGGUUGUACAACUGUAUUUUUAAUUGGUUUCUUCAAACUAGUUUUAACUGUACUAAGUUUUGCACAAAAAUAUUUCCAUCCAGUCGGUAAAUCCGGUGCUUUGGCAGGUAUUGGUUUGGCACUUUUAGGUUUGAAUGAACUUUUAACUAUUUUACAGGAACCUGUUGCUGGUUGGGUAUCACUUUGGAUCAUUUUCAUUUUGUUGCUGCACAGAGUCAACGAGCAUCAUCAGUUCGUUUCAAUCAACUUGCCGUUCAAUUUGUCUGGUGUGUUGGUCAGUGCUAUCAUUGGAUCGAUUAUCUACUACUCGAUGGCCGCUGCCAAAAUCUCAGUGGUUCCAAUGCCAGAGAAUGUAGCAUCGUCCUACUAUCUCAGCUAUCCACAUCCAGCCGACAUCUUUACAACUUUCAAAGCUGCAAUUCAACAGAACAUCUCUAUUGCAAUUCCAUAUGCAAUUCUUGUAAAUAUUGGUGGAUUAACCAUCACUGACGCCGCAGUCUCUGUCGGAAAUAAAUACAACACCAGAAUCGUAUUGCUCAUCGAUUCAAUUACCACUAUCAUUGCCAGUUUCUUUGGAUCGGUAACACAGACCACUCCAUACAUCGGUCACACUGUUUUCCAACAGAAAUUCAAAGCUCGUUCCGGAUACUCUAUUAUCACCGGUCUCAUCAUUGGUUUGGGUGGAUUCCUUGGAUAUCUAUCGUUCCUUACCAACAUCCUUCCAAAGCCAGCGAUCAUUCCAAUCUUUAUUUUCAUUGCCUUUGAAAUCUGUGCUGAAACACUGAGUCCUUCGACACCAAACAGUGGAAUCAAGAAACACCAUAUUCCAGCGAUCAUCUGGAGUUUCUUCCCUGCACUCUUCCAGUUUGUCAAUAUCAUUCUUUCACAGAUCUCACCGGUAUUCUCAUUUGCAAUCACCGAUCCACAAAAGAUCAUCGAUGCAUUCGGCACCAAUCAAUCGGCAGUCGAUGCAAUCGCUGUAAUCACUGUUUUGGCACACGGAUUCAUUUGUACAUCGUUAUUCUGGGGUACCGCUUUGGCAUACCUGCUCGACAAUCAACUGAAGAAAUCAGCACUCUUUUUGGCACUGACAUCGGUGAUUACCUUCUUUGGAAUCAUUCAUAGUGUAAAUCCAAAUGGUGAAGUCUACGUGCCAUGGCAAUCCGGUUCGACCCUCCCAUACCAAUGGUCUGCUGCCUACCUAGUUCUAGCGGUCAUGACUUUCCUUUUAUCUUUUAUCAAAGCAAAGACCGAAGAUUCUCAUUUAGAUAUCCAAACCGACGAUUUCGAACAUAAAUCAUUUCAACAAUAUUAA